GUCAGAGGCUGGGGACAAAAACAGAAUUUGCUGUAAAAGCUCAGCAGGUCUGGCAGCAUAUGUGGAGAGAAAUCAAAAUGAACGUUUCAGGUCAGGUGAUCCUUACGUUCUGAGGUUCAAGAAGACACCUCAAAGGGGCAACUAGGGACGGGCAAUAUAUGCCAGUGGCGCCCACGAGUGAAUAAACAAACUCAAAUGUUAGAAUUUUCAUGAAGUGUUUAUGAUUUAAUUACUCAUCUUGGAAAGGCGUUUGUGCGAUGUUAAUUAUAGACUUCCAGCUUCAGUGUGUGACAUUGCUGUCGGGGCUUUUGUCGUCACUGCAUUUUCAAAAGCAAACCCGUCGUAAGCUGGUUCUCAGGCGGCUGCAGUUGUUUUCAAAUGUAAAAUCUCUUGAACCUCAUCUCCAUUGAAGUAUUUUGAUGCGAGCUAUCCGGCUGUCACGUCCUGCUUUGUUAAUGUCGUUUAAAUCUCUGCUCUGCCUUCAGUCUGACGCACACAGUCAUUCCGAGAGCAAUUUCUGUCUUCUCUUUGGGCAUCAUGAAACCGUUUCCAGCUGCAUCCUUGGUCCUUCUCUUGGUGAUUAGUUCCGGCUCCUCUCAGAACACCAGCAACCCGGUUCCACACCGAGGCUGUGGGUUACAGCUCCUGCCUCACUACGUGAACCUGUGCAGCCUGGAUGUAAUCUGGGGUAUCGUUGUGGAGGCAGUGGCCGGCGCUGGAGUGCUUACUGCAUUCCUACUGAUGCUGAUUCUGUUGGUGAAGCUGCCGUUCAUUAAAGACAAGGAGAAGAAGAGUCCGCUGGGAAUCCAGUUCCUGUUCCUUAUUGGCACACUCGGCCUGUUUGGACUAUCGUUUGCAUUUAUUAUCCCGGAGGAUGGGAGAACGUGUCCCACCAGGAGGUUUUUGUGGGGAGUUCUGUUCGCCCUGUGCUUUUCCUGUCUCUUGGCUCAGGCCUGGAGGCUGCGCCAGUUGGUUUCCCAUGGCCAAGGGCCAUCAGGUUGGCUGUUGGCUGGGAUCGCGGUCUGCCUGAUGUUGGUGCAGGUGAUCAUUGCAGUGGAAUGGCUGAUCCUGACUAUUGUCCGGGACCGUCAGGCUGCCUGUCAAUAUCAGCAGAUGGACUUUGUCAUGGCAUCGAUUUACGUGAUGUUCCUGAUGGCUGUCACUCUGUUACUCUCCUCCUUUAGCUUGUGUGGAAAGUACAAGAAAUGGAAAAAGAAUGGAGCCUGUGUGCUGGUCACCAUCAGCUUGUCCAUCCUGAUCUGGGUAGCGUGGAUUGUCAUGUAUCUGUACGGCAACAAGGAACUGAAGAAGCAGCCCCUGUGGGAUGACCCGUCCCUCUCCAUCGCGCUGGUUUCUAAUGGCUGGGUAUUUCUCCUGUUUCACGCUAUCCCCGAGCUCCAUUGCUCCAUUGUCCCAAGCAAACAAGCCCCUCCUGACUACUUUGAUGCCGUUCAGCCAAGAAUCCGGGAGACUAACUUCGAAGAAGAAUUGCAACUUCCACGCAGUUACAUGGAAAAUAAAGCCUUCUCUUUGGAUGAGUCUGGGGCAGCUUUUAAAUCAGGAUUUCGCAAUGGCAGUCUGGGUCAUAGACCCAAUAUUCAACUUCGCAGUAAUGUCUAUCAACCCACUGAAAUGGCAGUUGUUCUUAAUGGUGGAAACGUACCAUCAGCUCCUCCAAGCUAUGCAGGAAGACACCUUUGGUGAAAGCUAAACAAUUUUUAAGUUAUGAGCAAACUCCAUCAAUUCAAAUGGUGAAGACGGUGGUAGCAACACGAGUAGGAGCAGAUGGAAGCCCAAUCAAUUGGGAAUUUAUUCUAAUGUGAUCUUUUAUAGGACGUACAGCAAAGCUUAUAUCUUUACAUGAAAUCAGCCUCCAAAUGAAGAGGAGAACCUUUGCAGCUCAGAGUAUUUUUGUGUUGAUGUGUAUAUAUAGGGAUUAUAUUACAUUAAUAAACUGGCUGUGUGUAACUUUCAA